AUGCAUUUGAAAGCUUUGAGUAAAAAGUUGGAGAUUAUUUCGUAUCAAAACAUAGAAAAAGAAAAUCAUUCGAGUUUGAACUUGUUUAAGAAUAAUUCAGAUGCAGAAUUUGCUCCAAAUUCAAAUACAAAGACAAGUCAGGAAGGAAAAUAUUGUUUGGGUAUCGUUAGUUUCAGUUUCGUGCGUGCUUCGUAUCUUCAAGAUAGUGAAUUUCAUUACGAAAUUGUCUUUCCAAGUUCUUUCGUCAAUCGAAAAUUGAUGAAGAUUGAAGACUCUUUGUCACUUUACCCUCCAGACAUUUUACGAGACAUUUCUACCGAAACAAAAAAUGUUGAGGGUGGUUGUGAAACGUAA